ACCGCGCCCGUCCUCUUUGAGCUCACCUGUUUGCCCUGCCUGGCCGGUGUGCGUCAGCUCUCGCACGCUCUCGCUGAACGCCACCAUCUGGACACUGGCCUGACGCCGGAGACCUCGGGCGGUUUGUUGGUUGUUCUGCCGGCCAAGUCUGCCGAAGCCUACUGUAAGGAUCUCCUCGAAGCGGACGGUACACCUGCCUGGAUCGUCGGCCGGGUGCUUCCGGCAUCGAACCCAUCGGAGGCCCGAACGGCAAGGUUGUCGUCAGAUCUCACAUUCGUCGAAGUUCCCCACGCCAGCAUGAUUUUGAAGUAG